GUUUCAUGAAAUAAUUAAAAGUUUAGAACACUUUUUUUAUCAGAACACUUCCUCUCCACACUUUUUAGUUUUCAAAUAUCCACAUAAAAUGUGUAGCUAUACAAAUAUUCGGAUUACGACAUGUAAAUUCUAAAUAAUGUGACCCUUGACCCUAUAGCAAUCAGAAAUGAUUUUACUUGCAAGCCAAAAGAAACUGUACCAUGUCAAUUCUUUGCUGUUUACCCAAAAAGACAUUGGAGAUUAACUUCAGCGCUGACGAAAAACUUUUAAUACGCGGCAUUUGGCAGGAGGUUUCAGGAAAGAUGGAAGUCAUAGGGAUGGAGGCGUUCAUGGGAAUGAUAGAGCAACACAAGGAGAUCGCAGAGUGUUUUAAGAUGAAGGUGAAUGCCAGUGACAUCGAUGACAUGUCGAAACGCACCAUGCUCCGAGACCACGGCCUGAAACUGGGCACGUUCCUUGAGAAAUGCAUCGACCAUCUGGAGCAGGUCAGCGAAAUAUCGAAGCUCAGCUGCAACAAUGGCAAGACUCACUUCCUCAACUACGUCAAGGACGAGUACUUGGAUUUCCUCAAGGUCGACUAUUCGCGUGCCGUGUGUAAGUACAGCCUCAACGAGUGGACGCCCCCACACCAUCAGGCGUGGGACAAGUUUUUAGAUUUGGUCUUGAAGAAAAUGAAAUCUGGCAUCGCUUUAGAGCAGGCCAAAAACCAACUAUUCAUUAAAUCUUUGUGAAAUGUAAAUCUGCCAAUAGAUAAAUAUUCUCAUGUAGCAUACAGUUGUGGUAAAACAUCUGCUAAUAGAUGAAUGUUUUCAUAGCUCUAACAUUAUUUUAGAUCAUUUUGUGUCUUAUAAAAAUCAAUAAAUCUGUGCCAUUU